AUCGUCAGCAAGAAUCGGGAAGCUGUUCAGAAUUUGAAUUUGUUUUAGUGUGGUGCAACAAGGUGUUAAGUGUUUUGAUUCGAAAAACCAAACGAUGAAUACCGAAACGAUCGAUACGGGACCGAUGGCGGAGGGUACGCUGAAUGUGGCCGAGUUCUAUCGUGAUGCGACCGUGCUCGUUACCGGUGGCACGGGCUUUAUCGGGAAGGUGUUGGUGGAAAAGUUGCUCAGGUGUUUCGCAGUGAAGAAAAUCGUUUUACUCAUCCGACGCAAGCAGAACGUCAGUGCUUCGGAUCGUUUGCAGCGGAUGCUUGAAGGACCGAUAUUCGACAGGAUACGUAGUACGGCGCCGGAUGCGAAGGAACUGCUCGCGAAGGUGGUGGCCAUGGACACCACGUUCGAACGGGAAGAUAUUGUCGACGAUGUGGAUAAAGCGAAACUGUGCAACGAAGUGCAGAUCAUAUUCCACGUGAUGGCGUCCAUCCGGUUCGAUGAGGUGCUGGACGAUGCGAUCGCCACCAAUGUCACCUCCGCCAAGCGUCUUUACGCACUGGCCAGCUCCAUGGCGGAACUGCGCUCGAUCGUACAUGUGUCGACGUUCUACUCGAACUGCGACCGUAAGUACAUCGAAGAGCGCAUCUACGAUGACGUCCCGUACGGUGGUCUGGACCACAUCCAGCAAUUCUUCAAGACGCUAAGCCCCACGGAGAAGGAGCGCAUGACCCGGCUGGUGCUCGGUGAUAUGCCGAACUCGUACGUGUUCAGCAAGAAGUGUGCCGAAGCGAUGGUUGGCCGCGAGUUCGGUAAACUGCCGAUCGGAAUCUUUCGACCACCGAUCGUAAUAUCGAGCUACCGAGAGCCCGAGCCCGGUUGGGUGGACUGUUUCCACGGUGCUACCGGGCUCUGUGUGCCGGUCGUGCUGGGCAAAACCAUGUGGUACUACGGUAAUCCGGACGUGAAACCCUUCAUGUCACCGGUCGAUCACACCGUUUCGGGCAUGUUGGCUGCGGCGUGCGACAUUUACCGGCGACAGUGCACUAUCCUGCCGGUUGAAAAACCGGUCCCGGUGUACAACUUUACGUUCGAGAAGAACCGAUUCACGUACGGAGAUUACGUGCACCUUGUUGGGUCUGGAUUGCAGACGCCACUCGAUCGAUGGAUGAGUCGCAUCAAGUGUCGUAUCAGUCCGUGGAAGAUUUUUCCCCAAAUACUCUUAUGGUUGAUGACGCUGCAGGCGCGCGUUGCGGAUGAGAUAUUGGCCUGGUUCGGAAAGCGUGGCAGUAACUUGAAAGUCGUGUCCGCCAUCACUACGCUGGCCAACGCCGUCGAGUACUUCCGCUGUCACAUGUGGACGAUGGAUAACAGCAAUGUGAAGCGGAUGCUAGCGCUUCUGUCCCGGGAUGAUGCGCAGCGGCUUGACUUUGACGGCGAACAGAUAGAUUGGACGGAUUAUCACAAAUCAUACGCCAAGGGCAUUGCCAUGGAGCUGAUGAGAAAGAAUCACCGCAGACAGCAGCAGUGUCGGAAGGCAUCCAAAAAUUCGGUGCAAACCGUCAGCAACACUGACGAAGGGAAAGCUUUACACGUUUCGGAGUUUUAUCGCGAUUCCGUGGUUUUGGUGACGGGUAGUACCGGGUUUCUCGGUAAAGUGCUGGUGGAAAAGUUGUUGCGAAGCUUUGGCGUGAAGAAAAUUGUUCUACUCAUACGCGAGAAGCGUGGCACAAGCUCGGCGCAACGUUUGCAGCAAAUGAUUAGUGAUCCGAUAUUUGAUACAAUACGGGCGUCUGCAAUACAUCCCGAUAAGGUGUUUGCGAAGCUGGUUGCAAUCGAUACCGAUUUCACGUGCGAUGAGUUUGUGCGGGAACCCAACAGGUCUGACAUACUGAAAGAAGUACAGGUUGUAUUCCACGUAAUGGCUGCGGUUCGCUUUGACCUAGGAUUUCAAACCAUCCUGGACACUAACGUCACGGUGCCGGAACGAUUGUACAGCUUUCUUCGGGACGCACCCCAUCUGCAAGCGAUCGUACACGUCUCCACGUUCUACUCCAACUGCGAUCGAUUACACAUCGAAGAGUGCGUCUACGACGACAUCCGUUUCGGUGGGUGGGAAAACAUUCGACAAAUAAUAAACCCCCUAACGGAGUCCGAAAGGGCGAAACUGAUGCCGGCAAUCAUAUCGCCACUACCCAACAAUUAUGUGUUUAGCAAAAAGUGUGCCGAGGUAAUGAUUCAGCAAAAGUUCGGCGAUCUACCGGUCGGGAUCUUCCGACCACCGAUUGUGACACCCAGCUACGCUGAGCCUGUGCCCGGCUGGGUAGAUUGCAUACAGGGUGUGACGGGACUGAGUAUUCCGACACUGAAGGAGCGGCUCCUUUGGUAUUACGGAGAUCCUACCGCCUGUCCAGCAUUAACUCCGGUGGAUUACUGUAUCGCCGGUAUGAUCACUGCGGCGUGCGACAUUAAAGCACGGCACGAGCAGAACCGUGUGCGGGAAUCAUUCGAUCGGCACGCUUCUACUCCACCGGUGUACAACUUUUACUUUGACCAAAAUCUACACUCAUGGCAACAGUUCGUGGCUUUGGUGGGAGCUGAGCUGCCAACUGUCAUGGGUCGCAAGCUGUGGACGUCGGCACCAAGCACAUCUUCCACCAUAGGGCCUAUCAGGGUGCAGAGGCAGGAAGCAGGAGCAGCAGCGGUGCGUUCGCAACUUCACAACGGCCACAGCAGUAUGAGUGACACCUGCGGCUCGAAGGUGAUCGAGUUCUACCAGGACUCGGUCGUCCUGAUCACCGGUGCGAGCGGUUUCCUCGGGAAGGUGCUGCUGGAAAAGCUGCUCCGAUGUUUGGACGCGCGCAAGAUAUACGUCCUGAUUCGCCGAAAGCGUGACUACAGUGCACAGAUGCGAUUAGAGCAGAUUCUUAAGUCGAUGUUAUUUGACCGUGUUCGGAACGAGACCAAGGCAGCGAAGGCCCUGUUUGACAAGAUCGAGGCGGUCGAGGUGAACUUCGAGCGGGAUGAUCUCGGCCUAGAGCCGGCGCUGCGCGACCGGCUCCGGCAUGAGGUGGAGGUCGCGUUCAAUCUGCUCGCUUCCGUUAACUUCAACGAGGCGCUCGACCAGGCGCUGGAAACGAACGUCGAGUGUACGCGGCGCGUGCUCAACCUGCUCAGCGGUGCCCGGCGCAUCAAGUCCGUCAUCCACGUGUCGACGUUCUACUCGAACUGCAACCGGACGCUGAUCGAGGAGAAGAUCUACGACGACAUCGGGUUCGGCGGGUACGACAACAUCAAGAGCACGUUCGCGAAGCUGCAGGACGACCACAAACAGUUCCUGUCGCCGGUCGUACUCGGCACGUUCCCGAACUCGUACACGUUCAGCAAAAAGUGUGCCGAGGUGGUGGUGCGCGACAAGUUCGGGCAUCUGCCAAUCGGAAUAUUUAGACCACCGAUAGUGACCUCCAGCUACCGGGAGCCCGUACCUGGAUGGGUCGAUAACUUUAACGGACCGAGCGGCAUGGUGGUGCCACUGUCCCAGGGCCUCUACAGUGCCGCCCUGCUGGAUCCCAAAAAGAAGCCGUUCAUCGUACCGGUCGACUUCUGCGUCAAUGCGCUGCUCGUGUGCGCGUACGAUGUGAGCAAAUCGAGCGUCACCAAGAGCAUUCCCGUCUACAACUACACCGACGACUGCAACCUCUGGACCUGGGACCAGGUGAUCAACGGGUUCUUCAGCGGUCUCGGUCCAAUCCGGAAACUAGUGGCAAAAUACUUCACCGGCACAAUCACGGUCAACCCGGUGCGGUACGCAAUCUGCAAGCGAAUCAUGAUGUUCCAGGCCUUCUGUCUGGAUCUGAUCCGGACCUUCACUGGAAAGGAAAAAAUAAUGCAACGAUUGUUCUCCAAGAUGGUGACGCUGAGCGAAGUGUUGCGCUUCUUCUGCCUGAACGACUGGAAGAUGACUAACGCCAACAUCCGCCGGAUCAGCGACGAGAUGUCACCGCUCGAGGCGGAAAUGUUCCCGCUCGACAUCAGGAAGAUCGACUGGACCGAGUACUACCGGAACUUUGUGCCGGGCGUGAUCAAGUACGCCGUCCAGCCGCGCAGCCCGCGCAGCCCCAGCAUCAGCGAGCGGAAGCUGAAGGAGUCGAAACAGCUGCGGGAAUCGAAAAAGCUCAACAGUGGCCUGUUCUACCUGCUGUGGAGCUCCGUGUUUAUUAUCGCGCUGAAGAUAUUCAAAAAUCUCUUCAACAAGGUGUGAAGAACUUUCCAACUCCAAGUACGCUUCCAAUUUAUUUAGGUUGAAUUUAAGUCGGAAAAUGGGACACGAACACAACAGCAAAAUACACACACACAGAGUCACACACAUACAGCCUCUCUCGCGAUGCUGAGGUAGGAGUGGGGUAUGAAUAUAGGCAGGAUGGAUAGGUCCUGCAACACGGCGCAACACCGCAGCAACCAGCAAACAGCCAGCGCAAGCCGCAGCGAACCGCAAUACAAAACUAUUUACUGAACGCAAGUAAUCAAUCACACGACACACGUACACAACUACACACACACACAAACGAGAAAACCAGAAACGGAAACGGAAACAUCAACAUCACGAAAAACAUCAUUUAAAGUAUAGAGUAAUAAUAACAAGAAAACAACAACAACUUUGCCACUAGCUACGUAGAGCUAAGAUACCUGAAGUUCAGUGACAGAUUUUUUCCACAAAUGAUAACGAUUAAAUUAAUUAAUGAAUAAAAUAAACAUUUUGUAGGCUUUUUUGUA